AUGGCAGUAGUAUGGCAUAGGAUCCUGAGAGAGGUGCGAGGUGGCAGCAGUGCUGAGACUUUGCUACGGCCAGGAGCUAAGCUUGGUUGCCCGCGGUGCAUAAUCAAGAAACAGACGCUGGGCUGUUCGAGUUCGAUGGUGCCUCCCGUGGUCUGCGGCGCCAGGCGCUUGGGAAGCAUGUGCUCCGCUGGUUAUGGCCGUGGCAUGGCUCGCUCCAUGGCUUACCUGCUGCGGUCAAGAGCAACGAUAAGGAGUACAUGCUCCCAGCACUCCGCCGCGCCCUGGCAUGCCCUGAGAUUUGCUGGACGCCGGAGAACACACGACGCUGCGGCAGCGCGUUGCACGGCGGGGGCCACCUCCCACGACGGCGGCGGCUGGGGCCAGCGUCCACGGCUCGCUGCAGUCACGACGGCACGCCGGAGAGGGCACCGCAGUGGACUGGCCGACCGAGGCGGCGCUGGGCCUUUUGGUGAGAGGCACGCCGCCGCAGCGCCAGGACAGGGGCAGCGUAGGGCAUACGGGGCGCAUGGAGAGGCACCGGGGCCUUGCGUGGGUGUCUGGCCGUGGACUGCUGCGACUGCUUUGGACUGGCGCUGGCGGUGCUCCAGGGCGCGCGAUUCGCCCAGGGCUGCGCCGUUCGCUGGAGCUGGGGCUGCUGCUGGGGCCUUGGGGGCUGCGGUGGUGUCUGCGGGAGCAGUGGGCGCUCAGGGAUGGAGAAUUCGAUAG